AUGUUACGAGUUUCUGAAAAUAAUCUACGGUCUCUGCUAAAAUGCCAUUCAACUCACACAAGCUUGUUUAAUAGGCUUCUCAGUACCCACAUAAAGGAGGGGAGGAGUUCCAUAGAUGAUGCUGGCAUUAUACCCGAUGGAACUGUUUAUGAAAGGCAAAAUCACCACAUCGAAGGAAUUACUAAAGACAGUGAUCUGGAACUCUUGGAGAAAGGUAUAAGGAAAUCUGACGAAAUGACUUCCAAUUUUACCAACUAUAUGUACAAAUUUCACAGACUGCCCCCCAACUAUGGAAGUAAUCAGCUCAUCACCAUUGAUAAGGAGCUAAAGAAAGAGCUGGAUGGUGUCAUGUCAUCCUUCAAGGCUCCAUGCAGGUUUGCAUUUGGUUACGGCUCAGGAGUUUUCGAACAAGCAGGGUAUUCUAAGAGUCAUAGCAAACCACAGAUCGAUAUCAUCUUGGGUGUCACAUAUCCAUCGCAUUUCCACUCUAUCAAUAUGAGGCAGAAUCCUCAGCAUUAUUCCAGUUUGAAAUAUUUCGGUUCCGAGUUCGUGUCUAAAUUUCAACAGAUUGGCGCAGGCGUGUAUUUUAACCCAUUUGCGAACAUAAAUGGACACGACGUAAAAUAUGGAGUCGUUUCUAUGGAAACACUUUUAAAGGACAUAGCUACUUGGAAUACAUUCUAUUUAGCAGGGCGACUACAAAAGCCUGUGAAAAUAUUAAAGAAUGAUUUAAGAGUGCAAUAUUGGAACCAAUUAAAUUUAAAAGCUGCGGCUACAUUGGCUAAGCAUUACACCCUAGAGAAAAAUAACAACAAGUUUGAUGAGUUUCAAUUUUACAAGGAGAUCACUGCUUUAAGCUACGCAGGAGAUAUUAGGUAUAAACUAGGUGGAGAAAAUCCUGACAAAGUUAACAACAUUGUUACUAAAAACUUUGAAAGAUUUCAAGAGUAUUACAAGCCGAUUUUUAAAGAAGUAGUUCUAAAUGAUUCAUUUUAUCUUCCAAAAGGAUUCACAUUAAAGAAUACUCAGAGACUAUUGCUCAGCCGUAUAAGUAAAUCAAGUGCAUUACAAACCAUCAAAGGUGUUUUCACUGCUGGAAUCACGAAGUCAAUUAAGUAUGCUUGGGCCAAGAAACUGAAAUCGAUGAAGAAAGGCUAG